AUGACCGAUAUGAAGACCCCAUCGUCCUCCGAGUUAGCCCCUAGUACCUUGACUACUGAUGUGGAGCUAGACAAACGGACUCCGCCUUCAUUUGGGCACGCAAUGCACAAGCUCUUCGAGUUUGACCCAUCUUAUACCAACCUCAACCACGGUUCAUAUGGUUCAUUGCCCAUGCCAGUUAGAGUUGCAUGCGAAAAACUUUCCGCUCACAUCGAAGCCAACCCAGACAGAUUCGUGCGCAUAGAGUGCAUUCACCACUGGAAUGAGGCUCGUACUAGAGUGGCCAAGUUGAUAGGCGCAGAGACUGAUGAAUGUGUCUUGGUGAAUAAUACGUCACACGGCAUAGCUACGGUUCUCCGCAAUUUCGAGUGGAAUGAAGGGGAUAUCAUUAUCGGGACUACCACGACUUAUGGUGCUGUGUCCCGAGCGAUUAGGUACCUUUGUGAUACCCCGCAACACCCACAAGUAUCCACAUUCAAUCUUACCUUCCCUGCCUCACACGCGGAAAUACUAGAGAAUUGGCGAGAACAUGUCCGCCUAGUGACCUCAGAAGGGGGCGAUCUCAAGCAGACUCGCAAGGUCGUUGCUGUAAUAGAUGCCAUCGUAUCCAAUCCUGGCGCACGUCUUCCCUGGAAAGAAAUGGUCGGCGUUUGCAAGGAUGCAGGUGUUUGGUCGGUAGUCGAUGCUGCGCAUUCCAUUGGCCAGGAAGUAGAUAUUAACUUGUCAGAAGCGAAGCCUGACUUUUGGGUAUCGAAUUGUCACAAAUGGCUCUUUGCAAAGAGAGGCUGCGCAGUCCUUUAUGUUCCUAAACGAAACCACCAUGUUAUCAAAUCUCCUAUACCCACCCCACACAAUUAUUACUCACCUGAAGAUGAGCACUACGAUGGCCCACAAGAAUUUGUGAAACUUUUUGAAUGGACAGGAACCAUAGAUUAUGUUCCAUUACUGAGUAUAAAUGCAGCAUUGGAUUUCAGACAGUGGCUCGGCGGCGAGCACAAGAUAAACGAAUACACUCACAAUCUCGCAAUCGCAGGCGGAAAGCAUCUAGCGAGUCUCCUAGGAACCAGGGUAAUGGACCCUGACGGUGACCUAACUUUGAACAUGGUCAACGUAGAACUGCCCAUUCCUGGCGACAUCAAAUAUUCGGAUGAAGUUAAUGCUCUGCUGAUAAAAACAUUAUUGGUUGAGUGGAACACGUAUGCCGCUCAUUACUACCACAAUGGGAAAUGGUGGACAAGGUGUAGCGCACAGGUGUGGAAUGAGAUUUCGGACUUCGAAGUUCUCGCCGAUGCAUUGAGGGACGUGUGUCAGAAAGUAGUGAAGUUUGCGAAGCAGUAA